UAAAUUCAUCAUAGAGUCAUAUUCUAGGAGCAUGAUCAACAUAUAUAAGAUACACACAGUAAUUGCUAGUUGGUAGGUUUUCUUAGAAAGCAGAGAAUGAAAAUGUCGUCUAAGGUCAUUAGUGCCACCAUUUGCCUUGCAGUGUUAUUCCUCUUCUUAACCUCCACAUAUGCUGGAAGACUUGGCCCUGCUUCUUCCUCUUUCACUUCAACCAAAACUCAACAUGUGGCUUUGGAAGAGGAGAAGUUAGACGUGGAGGAAAGUUGUGAUGGUAUUUCAGAAGAAGAUUGCUUGAUGAGAAGAACACUCGUGGCUCACACGGAUUAUAUCUACACACAGAACCACAAACCAUGAGAUUCAUACCUGUUUCUCAUAUCAGAUGCAAGCUAUAUAUAACUCCCUCGCUUAUCAUUGUAAUUAUGCAUAAGCAAUACUUUUCACAUACAUACAUAUAUAUAAUCCACUUUUGAAACA